AUGCUACUGAAGUACAGUUCGGAGGAAGUUCAAAGGAUGCAACGAGUAGGAGUGUAUGAUCGCGUGGACAAAAUCGGUGAAGGUACAUACGGUGUCGUAUACAAAGCGAAAGAUAUACGAAACCAAAAGAAUGUCGCUUUGAAACGCAUACGACUUGAAAGCGAAACUGAAGGUAUACCGUCAACGGCCAUGCGCGAAAUAUCACUGCUGCGCGAUCUGAAGCAUCACUCAAUAGUGGAAUUGAUCGAUGUAAUCAUCUCAGAAAACAGCAUUUACAUGGUGUUCGAGUAUCUGGAUAUGGAUUUAAAGAAAAUGCUGGAUCGCCACAAAAGCAGUUUUACGCCGAUGCUUGUAAAAAGCUAUAUGCAUCAAAUGCUGGACGCUAUCGCGUACUGUCAUUUGAAUCGCAUCCUUCAUCGUGAUCUUAAGCCGCAAAAUUUACUCAUCGAUCGGGAAGGUCAUAUAAAGCUGGCCGAUUUUGGAUUAGCGCGUGCAGUCAACCUUCCUAUAAGAAUAUAUACGCACGAGGUGGUCACCUUGUGGUAUCGGGCACCGGAGAUAUUGCUUGGAACCAAGUUUUACAGUGUGGGCGUUGACACCUGGAGUUUGGGUUGCAUUUUUGCUGAAAUGAUUCUGAAACGACCGCUUUUUCCUGGGGACAGUGAGAUUGAUCAAUUGUUCAAGAUAUUUCGGCAAAUGGGAACGCCGGAUGAAUCAAGAUGGCCCGGCGUUUCACAUCUAUCGGAUUACAAAGAAUCAUUUCCUUAUUGGGAAGCGCAACCCCUACCGAAUGAAAUGCAACAUGACCUCGACGCACAUACGCUGUUUUGUGAAUUGAUGCAUUAUGAUCCUACAAAACGGCUUGCUCCAAAAAGUGCCAUGAUGCACCCGUAUUUUGAUAACGUGUGUUUGGUACCGCCAGAACUAUAA